AUCGCACGCGGCAUGUCUCCAAGGAUGCAGACGAACGCCAUGUAAAUAACGUAAAUAACGGUCUUCGUGCAAACUGUGUUCACAGAAGUAGGAAAGAAGAGACAAAAUGCCGAAAUGUUUAAUGCAUUCAGUUCGAAACUACAGAUCUCGAAAAUACACAAGGCACUCAGAGUUUGACCAAAAUGUCAUGACAACACGAUCUGGUUUGGCAAUAAGAAAAGUGUCGGUCAAGCAUAUGUUUUCUGGAUCAACGAAGUACGCUCAAGAAACAGUCGAAAUCAAACAAAGACAAAAUUACAAGAGCUCAUGUACCCCAAAACAGAAGUCUAUGCAUCAUCUUCCAUUUGUGACAAGAUUUUACCUCGGGUUUAGAGUCCCUGAUCUAGAUCUCUGUGGGAACGACUCUAAAGAAAUAGAUUCAAGGGAAGAGGAACCAAUGCAGAUAUCUUUUGGACAUUCGAGAAAAUCCGAAUACCGUCUGCUCGAUUUUGAAAGUGAUGAAGAUAGUUUAGAAUCUGGUUCUGAUGAUGAUUUCUGUAACAAUAUCAUCGCACAAAGUAAGGAAUUCCGUUAUCAAUGCAUGGCUAUUAAAGGGUCAACAACAAAAUCGGACUCAUCCAGAAACAUAUUAGAAGCUCUGUCCGGUCUACAACCCGUCGAAGAGAGGAUUCGGGAUUCGACCUGUGAUUUUCAAGUGACUUCCAUAGAAAAUCGGACUGAAAUUGAAAAGUGUUCGAAAUACCCGUCUCCUACACAAUCCGUCACUGCUGCGCUGUCUGAUCUCCGAUUGUCGGGGCCCGCCGCCAUUAUGUCAACAAACCCAUCACCAACCGUAACUACCUUCACCGCUCCCACUAUCACUACCAUUCGAUCAGGGGUCAUCUUUCAAGCCAAACCUGCAUUUACAGACUUACCUCCUUUUAAAUGUGAGGUUUGCGAAAAGGAAUUUUACGUCUCAGCCAACUAUACAACUCAUCUUCGAACGCACACCGCCCAGCAUAAGAACAAAUGUGACGUCUGCGGAAAAGUAUUCACGCGCUCUUGGUUGCUUAAAGGACAUAUGCGCACGCAUACCGGGGAACGUCCGUUUAUUUGUCCGCAUGAGGAUUGUGACAAAGCAUUUGCCGACAAGAGCAAUCUACGUUCACAUAUGCUGAUUCAUUCCGUGAAGAGCAAGAACUUUUCAUGUCAAAAAUGUGGUCGAUCUUUUGCUCAGAAAAGGUAUCUGCAUAAGCAUUUGUUGGAAGUUUGUAGAGUAAUUCGAUAAGUUGUUAUUCCUUUGAAGGCAUUUACAGACGAAACUGUCACGGCAAUAAGCCGUCUUUGGAAAUGUUUUGAAUAAACAUUUUUAAGAUUAUAAAUGCAUGUGAUGGGUAUUGUACUUUAAAAAUUAAUAUCUUCAUUUAUUUUGUGAAUAUCUUUGGAAAUAAUUGUCAAAAGGUGCAAUAUACAUGUAUAUAAUAAUCCUAUCGUUAUUGUUUGUGUAUAUAACUUUUCAAUACAUCAAUGAAAAAAAUGUGCAUUAUCAUUU